UAACGUACAUCCUACUUGAACUCCGUUUACAUAUUUACACAUGACGGCAGUGUGACUGGUGUUUUGCUGAAGCCCUUAAAUAUUGGUUGCAACAAAGAAGUGCAGAACUCUUGGUAAGGGACUUCGGAGGGCGAGUAGACAAAGCCAAGUUAGCUGGCUGAGAAAGGAAAGAAAUGCAGUCUGUAAUAAAACAAAACUUCCAUUCGGAGACCGAGGGAGACAUCAACAAACUCGUCAACCUCAAGCUCAAUACAUCCUACACCUACCUUGCUCUGGGGAUGUAUUUUGACAGGGAUGAUGUUGUCUUGCCGAAGUUCUCCAGCUUUUUCCUGGAGCUCUCGGUGAAAGAGAGGGAACAGGCUGAGAAGCUGCUGGAAUAUCAGAACAUGAGAGGAGGGCGAAUUCUGCUUCAGACCAUUGCCAAACCAAGCAGAGAAGAUUGGAGAGGUGGUCUGGAUGCAAUGUCAUUUUCCCUGGACUGCCAGAAGUCCGUAAACACAUGUAUCCUUGAUGUGCACCGCAGAGCUGGCACCCACAACGACCCUCACCUGUGUGACUUCCUCGAGCAGCAUUUCCUUACCGACAGCCACGACACCAUCAAGAAGCUGGGCGAUUACAUUGGCAGUCUGACCCGCAUCACCGCGUCUGAGACACACGGUGCUAUGGGAGAAUACCUCUUUGAUAAACACACUCUGUAAAGGUCACAGCAGUACAGACACAAGCUCCACAUUUCAAAAGACAAAUGUUCCCUCAGAAUACGUUCAUCUUCUCCGUUAAGAAAAUUAUUCAAUGCCUUCACAGUUUACGAGAAACUUCAUUCUUGUAAGUUUAAAGCAAAAUAACAGAAAAUACCUCAAUUUUACUUGAAAGCCACAGUGGAAAAAAAUAAUGUUCUCACUAAUAUGGUGCUAAAAACAAACAUUUUCUAAGCUAUUAAAAUGGUCACUUGUUCAAACCGACUCCUUUGUAUCAUAUUAUGCAUUCCAGCAUGUCAGAGGUUUUAACCUUCAUAAAUAUUGUUUAAUGCAUACCAUUGAGUCAAACUACUUUAUUUGAAGAGUUUAGAAUAUCACUGAAACAUUGAAUAAAGGCAGAUUAAGACAAAA